AUGGCUCCAUGUUUGUUGAGGUUGCCAUCAGAUGGUCAAAAAUACAAAGAUAUAACUAAUCAAUUUAUAGCUGCUUGGAAACACCCUGGAAAAACUCCACCGGAAGUUGCUGAUAUAUGGAAGAUCUUUUGUUCAGAAAAUUUAAAUACUCGGUAUAAUAUGUAUCGUAAUGAAGUUGAAAAUCAACGUAAAUUUGCUGGUAAAUUUUUCGGAAAAGGUGAGGGAAAACGUAAAAUGAGUGCAGGAAAUGAACAAAGAAGAUUUCAUGGAACAAAAACGUCGUGUUAUAUAGGUUUAACAAGUGGUGAUGUGUGUAACGGCCCAACAUGUUCCGUUUGUUGCAUUAUAAGAGAAGGUUACAAGCUGAGAUAUGCGAACACCACAUAUCAAAGAUUUGGCAGAGGUAUAUAUUUCUCUGGAACAUCAUCCAAAUCUGAUGAUUAUAAUGAAGGCUCAUUAAAAUAUUCUCAAGGCUCAAAAUACAAAGUAAUGAUAUUGAAUAAAGUUGUUGUUGGACAAGGAUAUCAAUUAACUAAAAAUAGUAUGAAUUUAACUGAACCACCAGCAGGGUUUGAUUCAAUAUUAGGUGAACCAAGUGAUACUGGCAACUUAAAUUACGAUGAAAUUGUUGUAUAUAGAGAGGAAUCAUCCAUCCCUCAAUAUUUGAUUGUUUACAAAGUUUAA